AUGAACACUUCGGAUGGGCUUCAAGCUCAAAAGACGGAAAAGCCAAAGAGAAUCAUGGUUUGGGAUAUGAUAUUAACGCAUUUUCUGACUAUCGGCAUGUCGGAAAAACCAUUCAACCAAAAAUAUUAUUUUUUCUACACACAUAACAACAUUCACAAAGGAUGUGCUGAAGUGGCAGAAACUUCAAAAUUAUAG